AUGGUGCUCCAUUCAGUGUCCGAGACCGAAACACCACCCACCCACCCCCUGCCACCGCCACCGCCGCCGCCGCCGCCACCACCACCACAACCUUCUUCUGCCUUCUUUGUAAAGCCUCCCUCUCCCUACAUGCACAACUUUCCCUACACCAACUACAGAUAUUCCAUGAACCAUCCCAGCUUUCGCAGCAACAGACCAGUGCAUUACAGUAUGAACCCAUAUUUGCAUUAUGGCUCACCAUCGAACCAAGUUGAGAAUAACAACAACUUCUUUUGGUCUGGAACUUCAAAUUGGGCUGAGAGCAACAACUCCUCUAGGUCAAGGGUUUCUGGUUUGAAUCCGCUACAACCCUAUGGUCCACAGCCAAACCAGACUCACAACAACAACUCCUGUGGGCCAAGGGAUUCUGAUUUGAACCUGGUUCAUCGUUUUGGCUUGCAACCAAAUCCGACUGUGAACAACAAUCCAACCUUCCGAACCAAUAACAAUCAAACCCGGUUGAACUCACCUUUUCAUUUUGGUUUGUCACCAAACCGGACUGAGAACACGAACUCCUUUGGGUUGGGUUAUUCUAAUCUGCAUCUUGGUUCGCCUAUGAAUCAUGCUGAAAACCACAACAGAAACUCCUCUAGAAUGUGGGAUACUCGUUUGAACCAGGCUUUGCUUUGUGGUUCACUACCCAAUCAGACUGAGAACAAUAAUAAUAACUCCUCUGGAUUGGUGGAUUUGAAUCAGUCUAAGAACAACCAUACCAACUUCAACACCAAUGGUUCUGGGGAUCCUAGUUUGAACCCGGUUCCACAUUUUGAUUUGCCAUCGAACCAAGUGGAGAGAAAAAACAAUAACAGCAAUGAUUCCUCUGAGAGUGAUGAUGGAGCAAGGAAGGGUAUUGAAAAAGAAGGUGAACUCGAUGAUACUCUUGAGAAGAAAGAGUCUAAGAACAAGGAUUGUGGAGAUGCUUCUGAUGACAGAGUCUCUGAGGAGGGUGAAGAUGAAGAAGCUGAUGCUGAGUAUUCAUUUGAGGAUCUAGAACCAAAAUUCCCUUUUGUGAAGACGUGGAACUUGAGGCCUAGGAAGCCAUUGAUUAAGAAGCCUCUGAAUUCACACAACAAUAAUGGGGAAGGAGGAUCGAGGAGUGGUGGUUUGCUAGCAAGUAGGACGCGUUCUAGAAUGGUUAGGACUCAAGCUUGUGAGACUGCGCCGAUGGAGAUGCAGAUGGAGAUGGAGAAGGAUAAGGUGGCGGUGCCAAUCGAAGUACGUUAUAAGUGGCCAAUGAUCUCAAUGUCUCUUAUGAAGGAAGAAAUUGAGGAGGAUUUCAUACGCAUGACUGGGGACAAGCCACCCAAGAAGCCUAAGAAGAGAGCAAGGAAUGUGCAAAAGCAAUUGGAUGUAAUGUUCACUUUAUACUUGAUGGUCUUAUUUACUUUUUUGUGGAUUUGGUGA